UCGUCACGCGGGGCGCCUUGUUCCGCCCACCUCUGACGCCGGGCUCUUAGCAACCGGUAGGCAGCGCCGUUUCCAAGGACGCGCACCCCUCCAACUUCCGGCCGCGAGAGGCGUGCCCAGGACCCUGCCCCGGGAGCUGGGCUCCGCGAGGCCCCACCAGACGCAGAUCCGGAGCCUCCGAGGCUGGAGAUGGGCAGCGAUGACUCCUCCCUCAUGGCUGGGAUCAUUUUCUACAGUCAGGAAAGGUACUUCCGCCACGUGCAGCAGGCCGCCGCUAUGGGCCUGGAGAAAUUCAGCAAUGACCCAGUGUUGCAGUUCUUCAAAGCCUAUGGAGUCCUCAGGGAAGAACGCAUCCAGGAUGCCAUCAGUGACCUGGAAGGUAUCAGCCAUCACCCCCACGUGUCCCUGUGCUCCACCAUGGCCCUCAUUUACGCUCACAAAUCCUGUGAGACCAUUGACCAAGAAGCCCUUCAGGAGCUGGAAAGCAGUCUGAAGGAUCUACGCAAGACAGCCAGCGAGACUGCCCUGUACUAUGGUGGCCUCUUCCUCUGGCUCAUGGACCGUCACGACAAGGCCAGAGAGUACGCUGACCGCAUGCUGAAGCUCGCCAGCAGCUCCAGAGAGGGCUACGUGCUCAAAGGCUGGGUGGACCUCACCUCGGACAAGCCCCACCAUGUGAAGAAAUCCAUCAAGUACUUGGAACUAGGACUUCAGGACAACAGAGACGCGCUGGGGCUUCUGGGAAAGGCGACGUACUUAAUGAUGCAGCAGAACUUUUCGGGGGCUCUGGAGGUGGUGAACCAGAUCCUUGCAGCCUCGGGAGACUUCCUGCCAGCCUUGGUCCUGAAGAUGCGGCUGUUCUUGGCUCGACAGGACUGGGAGCAGACGGUCGAAACGGGACACAGAAUCCUAGAGAAAGAUGAAAACAGUAUCGAUGCCCGCCAGAUUCUAGCUGUGUAUGAGCUUGCGAGAGAAGGAAACAUGAGCACCGCUGCUGAUCACGUUAGGAAUCUGAUUAAGGCGCUAGAGAUGACAGAACCCCUCAAUCCGGGCCUCCAUCUUAAAAAAAUUCUUGUGGUCAGCAGACUGUGCGGGCAGCACCAGGCGGUCCUGCAGCUCGUGUGCAGCUUCAUGGAGCGCACCUUCAUGGCCACCCCCUCCUCCGCCCGCGUGGCCACGGAGCUGGGCUACCUCUUCAUCCUGCACAGCCAAGUGAAGGAGGCAUCCUCGUGGUACAUGAAGGCCAUGAAGCUGGACGAGAACAGUGUGGCGGUUCUGACAGGGGUCAUCUGGUGCCAGAUCUUACAGGGUCACCUGGAGGAGGCUGCAAACCAGCUGGAGUUCCUGAGGGAAGUACAGCAGUCCCUGGGCAAGUCCAAGGUUCUAGUUUUCCUCCAAGCCCUUCUGGCAUCCAAGAAGCACAAGGGGGAGCAGGAAGCCACGGCACUCCUGACUGAGGCGGUGGAGCUCCAUUUCUCCCACAUGCAGGGCCUGGCCCUGGGCUGCGAGUACUUUGAGAAGCUGGACCCCCUCUUCCUGGUCCUCAUUGCCAAGGAGUACUUGUUCUUCUGCCCCAAGCAGCCUCGCUUGCCGGGCCAGGUCGUGUCUCCACUGCUGAAGCAAGUCGCGGUGAUCUUGAACCCUGUGGUCAAAGCCCUGCCGGCCCUGAUCAGCCCCCUGUAUGUGAUGGCUCAGGUCAAAUAUCUCUCAGGAGAGCUGGAGAAUGCCCAGAGCACCCUGCAGCGUUGCCUGGAGCUGGACCCCACCUUCGUGGACGCCCACCUCCUCAUGGCCCAGAUCUACCUGGCUCAGGGCAACUUUGCCAUGUGUUCCCACUGUCUGGAGCUGGGGGUCAGCCACAACUUCCAGGUCCGAGAUCACCCCCUCUACCACUUUAUCAAGGCCAGGGCCCUCAGCAAGUCUGGAGACUAUGCAGAGGCCAUAAAGACACUGCAAAUGAUCACGAAAGUGCCGACUCUGAAGACAGAAGGGGGCAAGAAGUCCCGCAGGCCCUCCUUGCAGCCCAGCGAGCGGGUGUCUGUCUUACUGGAACUGGCCGACGCCCUCCGGCUGAACGGGGAGCUGCAUGAGGCCACCAAGGUCGUGCAGGAUGCCAUCAAUGAGUUUGGCGGCACGCCGGAAGAGACCCGCCUCACCCUCGCCAACGCAGACCUGGCGCUGAGCAAAGGCAACGCGGACCUGGCGCUGAGCGUGCUGAGGGGCGUCUCUCCCAAGCAGCCCUGCUACACCGAGGCCAAGGAGAAGAUGGCCAGCAUCUACCUGCAGACCCGCAAAGACACCCGUCUCUACAUCGGCUGCUACCGGGAGCUGUGUGAACACCUGCCUGGCCCCCACACCAGCCUGCUACUGGGCGAUGCGCUCAUGAACAUUCAGGAGCCCGAGAAGGCCCUGGAGGUCUACGACGAGGCCUAUAGAAAGAACCCACACGAUGCCUCCCUGGUGAGCAGGAUCGGCCAGGCUUACGUGAAGACCCACCAGUACGCCAAAGCCAUUAAUUAUUACGAAGCCGCCCAGAAGAUCAGCGGGCAGGACUUCUUGUGCUGCCACCUGGCCGAACUGCUCCUGAAGUUAAAGAAGUUCAGCAAAGCCGAGAAGGUUCUGAAGCAGGCCUUGGAUCAUGACUCCGGAGCCGAUGACAUCCCCUCCAUGACGAAUGAUGUUAAGUGCUUGCUUUUGCUGGCGAAGGUUUACAAGAGCCAUAAAAAAGAAGACGUGAUAGAGACUCUAAACAAGGCCUUGAACCUCCAGUCUCGGAUACUAAAGCGAGUCCCGUUGGAGCAACCAGAAAUGAUCCCCUCCCAGAAGCAGCUGGCAGCCUUCAUCUGCAUCCAGUUUGGAGAGCACUACCUGGAAGAGAAGGAGCACGCCAAGGCGCUGUGCUCUUACAGGGAUGCCCUCUCCUACGCGCCCACCGACAACACGGUGGUACUGGCACUGGCGAGGCUCGACCUGCUCCUGGGGCACCUGGACUUGUGCGAACAGCACUGCGCCAUCCUCCUGCAGACUGAGCAGAACCAUGAGACCGCCUCCAUGAUCAUGGCUGACCUGAUGUUUAGAAAACAGAAAUACGAAGCGGCCGUCAGUCUCUACCACCGAAUCCUGGAGAAGGCGCCGGACAACUUCGCGGUUUUGGAUAAAUUAAUUGAUCUGCUACGAAGAAGUGGCAGACUCGAAGACGCCCCUGCCUUCUUUGAACUGGCCAAGAAGACGUCCAGCCGGGUGCCUUUGGAGCCAGGGUUCAACUACUGCAGAGGCCUCUACUGCUGGCACACGGGACAGCCCAACGAAGCCCUGACGUUCCUAAACAAGGCACGCAAGGACAGCACGUGGGGCCAGAGCGCCACCUCCCACAUGGUGCAGAUCUGCCUGAACCCAGACAACGAGGUCCUGGGAGGAGGCGCUUUUGAGAGCCUGGUGGCCGAGGGCAACUUCUCCAGCAGGAAGGAGUUGGAGCAGCAUGGCGUGCGCACAGCGGAGAAGCUGCUGCGGGACUUCUACCCGCAUUCGGCCUCUGGCCAGACGCAGCUGCGCCUGCUGCAGAGCCUCUGCCUGCUGGCCACCAGGGAGAAGACGAACGUGGAGGCGGCCCUGGGCACCUUCAUCGAGAUGGCACAGGCCGAGAAGGACAGUGUCCCUGCUCUGCUGGCCAUGGCUCAGGCCUACAUGCUCCUGAAGCAGACUCCCAAGGCGCGGACACAGCUCAAGCGCCUGGCCAAGGCCCCCUGGGUGCUGGCCGACGCCGAGGACCUGGAGAGGAGCUGGCUCCUGCUGGCCGACAUCUACUGCCAGGGCGGCAAGUUCGACCUGGCCACGGAGCUGCUGCGGCGUUGCACGCAGUACAACAAGUCCUGCUGCAAGGCCUACGAGUACAUGGGCUUGAUUAUGGAGAAGGAGCAGUCCUACAAGGAUGCGGCCUCCAACUACGAGCUGGCCUGGAAGCACAGUCACCACGCCAGCCCCUCCAUCGGCUUCAAACUCGCGUUUAACUACUUGAAGGACAAGAAAUUUGUGGAGGCCAUCGAAGUCUGCCACAACGUUCUCAGGGAGCACCCCAACUACCCCAAGAUCAGAGAGGAGAUUCUGGAAAAGGCCCAAGGGUCCUUGAGGCCCUAGCUGCGGUGGAAGGUGGCCGGGCCUGCAGCAGCCAUCGACCUACACAGAGUUUUGUAGCGGGAGGGAAGUGGGUCAGAGAAGGGAUUCCAAACACGACGUCCUCUUCCUACCUCUCACACCACCUGCGCCUUAUUUUGAAUGAUGCCUCCCCUAUCCGAGGGGCUCCCU